UCCUCUCUCCCUCCCUUCUCCUUACCGACCGCCAUAUUGUUUGCGAUAUAUUUCCGCACGUCGUUCCUUGGGAUUUUCGCCCCGUGUAUCCCCGCGUGUCUCGGUGUGCUCUGGCAAACGGUACGGUUACGACAUCGGCAAACAUUUCGCGCAAAGGCAACAUGAAGAAAAUCAAGGAUUACUCAGACGAGGACGACUACGAGGUGGACGAUCCGGAGGAGGUCGAGCGCGACGAGGAGGAAUGGACCCCCCCCGAGGCCGGAACGGAGAGUGGUACAAAAAUAAGGCCACAGAGAGAAGCAGCAAAAAAGCGGCAGUAUUCUGAAGAAGAGGACGAAGAGGAAGAGGACGAGGACGAGGAGGAAGAUGAGGAUGAGGACGAAGAAUCCGAUUCCGACACAGGAAAAAAGCCAAAGAGGAAAAGACGCUCUAAGAAAGAAGAUGAUGACAAGGAGGACGAAGAGGAUGAAGAUUCCGACGACAACAGUUACAACGAGUCGGGAGAAGCUCCAAAAGAUUACACGUCUGGUUCAUUCGUGCUUGCAAAAGCUGAUCUUGUAUCCAGUAAAAAUAAGACACCCAGCAAGGGAAAGUCUGAUGUUGAAGCAAGCUCUUAUCCAACUUUGUGGAGGAUAGAUGGAAAAGCACUGCUCCAAAAGUUUUUACCUUUUGAGAAGGAUGGAAAAGUACUGUACAAAAGCACAACGACAUAUUCUGGAUGGCAACUUAGUAAUAAAGACAAUUACUUAGCAGUCCAGGUAACUUUUAAAGUGCAAAGUAGACAAGAGACAAUUGUUGAACUCCAUUUUGAUCCGACGCAACAACAGGAAGUUGUAAAGGAAGAAAAGGAAGACUAAAUUAGAUCCAGUUUACUCUCAUUUGUUUAUAUACAUUUAAGAAAACAUACGCUAAGGGAAAGAAAAAUCACAUCUACAUGUACACUAUCCACGAAACAUAUUUACAAGUUUACAUGUACACAAGGAUGCGGUCUAUGACAUGGUACUGUAGCGGGUUCAUAUUUAAAAUAUAACAUUGGAUGGACCAUGGCUCUGAGUUUAUUACUGAGGGUAGCUUUAACCAUCGUUGAUAUUUCACAUCUGUAAUGUGAGCUUCGAUUACCAAUAGAGCUACUUAGAGUUUGGUAAAUGCAGUACCCAAUCAUCUUCACGGACGUUUUAUGUCCACAGACAGAAAUUAAAUGUUACCUAGCGUAAUAUGAAUGCAUGUUGAUGUUUAUUUUUUUUUUUUAAGAUAGUCUUCAUAAUUUAACUCUACUUCCCAGACGCGGCAUUUGGCCUUGUGACCUAUAUGCGGCCAUUUCAAGCGCGCCCUUAGGCAGAGAGCCGUAAAUGGAACCGUCAAAUCGCAUACUAGCAUCAAGUUGAAAAAUAUUCGCUUAAAAUAAAAGAAUGCAAAGAGAAUACGUAUAGAGAGAGCGAGGUUUGUUACUCGAUUAGAACUAAAUGUAGAGCUAAUAUUCAUGUGGUACAAAGAAUGAGAAAUAUCUUUCUAAGAGAGACAAAUACUUGCUACGGUUCCUGCUACUGCUACGGGCGACGCUAGGCCAGUUCUUGUGUGUAUACUUAAUGUAAGAUGUAACAAAAAUUAGGAAAAACACUUCCAGUAAUGAAGCAACUUGCAUUUAUAUCUUUCUUUAUGUCUAUAUUUGCGAAGAAUUAAUUAUGCAAAGAUUUUACGUUAUUAUUAAUCGUCGAUUAUACUUUAUAAACUUGUACCUAAUUAACUCUCUUAGGUUAAUACUGGUAUUAAAAAUAUCUUGAUCUUAUUAAUAUAUUGACAGAGUUGCGUUUUUUCACAUAUCGAUUUUUGUAAAAAAACAAUAUACAUUUGUUGUAACUCAAAUUAGGUAUUUCAAUCAUCGAUAUUUCAUAGUAUAAUCAAUUUGUUUCUAUGAAGUGUUAUAAACGGCGUGUUUAGCUGAUAAAUCCGAUAGAUAUUAAUCAUAGUUAAUAUACAUGAAAAAAAAAGAAAAACGAAAUUCAA